AUGACUCAUCGCAAGGUCUGUGUAACGGGUGCAUCCGGUUUCCUAGCUUCCUGGCUCAUCAAGCGACUCCUCUCAUCUGGUUAUCAUGUCAUUGGCACUGUUAGAGACCCCGCAAAUGAAGCAAAACUAGCUCACCUAUGGAACCUUGAAGGAGCAAAGGAGAGACUCCACUUAGUGAAGGCGGAGCUAACAGAAGAAGGAAGCUUCGAUGAUGCAAUCAUGGGAUGUGAAGGCGUCUUCCACACAGCUUCCCCUGUUCUCGGACAUAUUACAAACCCUAGGGAGGAGAUUUUAAAGCCAGCUGUUGAUGGGACACUGAACGUCUUACGUUCGUGUAAGAAGAAUCCGUCACUGAGACGAGUCGUGUUCACCUCAUCGUCUUCUACAGUAAGAGUAAAAGACAAAUUUGACCCUGAAAAACCCGUUGAUGAGUCCUCUUGGAGUUCCGUUGAAAUCUGUGAGAAGUAUCAGAUCUGGUAUGUACUUUCGAAAACCAUGGCAGAAAAAGCAGCAUGGGAGUUUUGCAACGAAAACGGGAUCAAUCUCGUGACUAUUCUCCCCUCGUUUCUUGUUGGACCAAGUUUACCUCCUACUUUAUGUUCUACAGCAUCAGAUAUCCUCGGAUUGCUUCAAGGGGAAACAGAGAGGUUUAAAUGGCAUGGGAGGAUGGGAUAUGUUCAUAUAGAUGAUGUUGCUCUUUGUCAUAUUCUAGUUUAUGAACAUGAAAAAGCUCAAGGACGAUAUUUAUGCAGCUCAACUGUAAUCGACAAUGAUGAACUUGUUUCCAUUCUGUCAUCACGUUAUCCAACACUACCAAUUCCAAAACGGUUUGAGCAGCAUGAUCGACCAUAUUAUGAGUUUAACACGACAAAGAUAACCAGCUUAGGGUUUAAGUUCAAGUCGAUUCAAGAAAUGUUUGAUGAUUGUAUCACCUCUCUUGUUGCACAAGGCCAUCUUUCUAUUCCUUAG